GGGGCCCGCGUAAAUUUGAAAUGGCUGACGGGUCGCCGGCUGGUGGCUGGCUGGGGUGCGAGGCGAUGGCGCCGGAGCCCAAGCGCACCAGCUGGGCUGUCGAGGAUGAGCUGGCGUCCCUAGAGAAAGUUUUGUUCCAAGAUGAAGAUUCCUGCAGUGACUGUAGCAAUCAGGAUACGCCAGGUUCUAGUUUACAAAGUUUUGUGCCAGAAGGAAAAACUCAUUUCCCAGAAAUGUUCCAAACAAGUCAACUUUUGUUCUAUGAACGAUUCAAAGCCUACCAGGAUUACAUUUUAGCGGACUGCAAGGCCUCUGAGGUAAGAGAAUUCACAGCUGAGUUCUUGGAGAAGGUCCUUGAACCAUCUGGAUGGCGGGCAGUCUGGCACACUAAUGUGUUCAAGGUGCUGGUUGAGGUCACAGAUGUGGACUUUGCAGCCCUGAAGGCAGUGGUAAGGCUUGCUGACCCGUACCUCUGUGAAUCUCAAGUGAGCACUUUUACCUUGGAGUGUAUGAGAGAGCUCCUCAGUCUGAAGGAACAUCGAUUGCCUCUGCAGGAGCUGUGGGUGGUGUUUGAUCAUUCUGGAGUAUUUGACCAGACAGCACUUGCAAUUGAGCAUGUCAGGUUUUUCUACCAAAACAUAUGGAGGAAUUGGGAUGAAGAAGAGGAGGACGAGUAUGAUUAUUUUGUCAGAUGUGUUGAACCUCGAUUGAGAUUGCAUUAUGACAUUCUUGAAGACCGAGUUCCUUCAGGACUUAUUGUUGAUUACCGCAAUCUGUUGUCUCAAUGUGAGGAGAGUUACAGGAAAUUUUUAAAUCUGAGAAGCUGUUUGUCAACUUGUAACUCUGAUUCUGAGCAGGAAAACAUCUCUAUGGUGGAAGGGUUAAAAUUGUAUUCAGAAAUUGAACAAUUGAAACAAAAGCUGAAACUCAUUGAGAAUCCUUUGUUGAGAUAUGUGUUUGGUUAUCAGAAGAAUUCUAAUAUCCAAGCAAAGGGCAUCCGUCCAGAUGGUCAGAAGGUCACCCAUGUAGUCUCCUCCACCAUGAUGACUGGUCUCCUGCAAUCCCUGCUCAGGGACAGGCUUUGUCAGGAGCCUUGUAAGGAAGAAGUAGAAAUUCAGUUUCACAGUGAUCCAUUGUCUGCUAUAAAUGCCUGCUAUGAAGGUGACACCGUUAUCAUUUGUCCUGGCCAUUAUGUGGUGAAUGGCACAUUCUCCAUUUCUGACUCCGUUGAAUUGGAAGGAUAUGGUCUACCAGAUGACAUUGUGAUAGAAAAGAGGGGCAAAGGAGACACUUUUGUGGAUUGUACGGGUGUGGAUAUUAAAAUUUCAAGCAUAAAAUUUGUUCAGCAUGAUGCUGUAGAAGGAAUCUUAAUCAUUCACCGCGGCAAGACUACAUUGGAAAACUGUGUACUGCAGUGUGAAACUACAGGGGUCACAGUACGAACAUCAGCAGAAUUCUUAAUGAAGAACUCAGACUUAUAUGGGGCCAAGGGUGCUGGCAUAGAAAUAUAUCCUGGAAGUAAAUGCACCCUCAGUGACAAUGGGAUCCAUCACUGCAAGGAAGGGAUACUCAUUAAGGACUUCUUAGAUGAGCAUUAUGACAUUCCCAAAAUAUCCAUGGUGAAUAAUGUCAUACAUAAUAAUGAAGGUUAUGGUGUUGUCUUGGUGAAACCUACAAUUUUCUCUGACCUGCAAGAAAAUGCCCAAGAUGUAAAUGAAGAAAGUACAACACCUAAAAAUCAGACAAGUGGAGAGGCAGAUACAGCUGAAAGAGUGGAUCUAGAAGACCUGAUUGAAUGUGCAACUGGUAAAAUGGAGCUUUUUGCACGAUCCGACCUUUCUGAGCAAGUUGAAGGCAAUUUUGAAAUUGUUAAUGAACUAGUUGCUGCCUCCACACAAAAAGGCCAGAUAAAGAAGAAACGGUUGAGUGAACUGGGCAUCACACAAGCUGAUGACAACAUAAUGUCACAAGAGAUGUUUGUUUCAAUUCUGGGGAACCAGUUCAAGUGGAAUGGGAAAGGGAGUUUUGGCACAUUUCUUUUCUGACCACUGUGAUGUAAAUAGAUAGCAAAAUACUGGAUUUUGCACAUGCUGCCCCAAGAAUCACUGCUGCUGUCAUAGCUCUCUUCAUGUCUGUAUUUUAUAUUUGAUAUAUUCAACUGGGUUUGAGUGAAAUGUAGAUUUAUUUCUGUCUGCAGGUGUUGCACAUAAAACACUCUCCAUUUUUAUAAGAAAGAUCAUAA